GAUGGUCUAACAGAAAGAACUUACUCUUUUGUUGAUACGGCUACAUUACUACAACCAAUAUCAUAAUCACAGAAGCCACAGUCCUUAAAGAUGCUACCGACUUUAUAUAUUUUAUUGAAAAGACAAAGCUGAAAAAACUGAACAUUUCUUGAUUCGGUCCGAGAAAUGUUUAGAUUAAUCCUGAAAGAAAAUUCUUUCCAGUUUAAUGGAAAGCACUAUCGGUAAGAAACCACAGUACCGCGAUGAGCACAUACAGCAGUUUCCUUUCCAAAAUUUUCAUGGCCGCAUAUAUUGAAACACAAAGUUUAAGCAAAACCGUCUUUAAACCAACUGUUUGAAAAUGCUACAUGGAUGAUAUUUUUUCGCUAUGGGACAUAAGUAAACCAGACAUAUGGUAGAUUUCUUCAAAUUCACGGAACAAGUAAACUUACUUCACCCUACUGCUCUACUGGCUAUGAAAUUUACGCCCGAAAUAUGUGACACUGAGACAAUCUUUUUAUACCCCGUUGUAUACCAAGGCACAACAUUCAACGAAAAAUGAGAAAAAGCUAUCAUUGACGUAAAGACGUAUAUACAUUUUCACCUCUUACCACCCACCGAAUGUUAAAAUGGAUUUGACCAAUGGAUUUGGCCUUGAGUAUCCUACGAACAAACUCCUCUGAGAAAGUAUUUCAGAUUUCAAAAAGCGGUUGAUGGACAGAGGCUGGCCACAUAAUUUUGAAAUAAAAAUUGCUAUUAGAAGUAAAACUCACAGGAGAAAAGCAGCGCUCCUGAAACAAAACAACAAGGAAGAAAAAGAAAUAUUGCCUUUCGUGACACAAUACAAGCCCUUAGUGUCUAUUAUAAAAGAAACUUUAAUGCAAAAGUGUAAUCUCAUACAAAACCAACCACCACAGGAAGAAAUAAUAGAAUUAAUUUGUUUUAAAGCUUACCUAAAGAUACACAAAAGAAGUAUUUAAACUAUCUUUAAUUUAUUUACUAAAGACAUGAAAUACACUUUUCAUAGACUUUAAGGUGAAAAUUAAAGGCUAACUUAUGAACCAUUUCAUAACCGCUUUAAGUUAAGAAGAAAGGUAACUGAAAGGUUCAUUUCAUAAACUUUAGGAACUGCUCCUAAAGCGUUCUAAAGUAACAUUUAAUUAAUCUUUUGUGUCAACUUUAGUAUAGCUUUAAUUUUUCAAAAAUGCUUGGUGGUAUAUCUUUGCUUUGCCUUUAAUUCUACUUUAAUGUAGUAUUAAAGACUCAUGUCAUCUUUAAUUUGUCUUUAAUUCUAUUUUAAUGUUUUAUAAAAGCCCCAAGUCAUCUUUAAUUUGUCUUUAAUUCUAUUUUAAUGUUUGAUAAAGGCACCAGGUCAUCUUUAAUUUGCCUUUAAUUCCAUUUUAAUGUUUCAUAAUACUCCGCGUUUGUCAUUUUUAAUGUGCCUUCAAUUCGAUCUAUUUUAAUGUUCAUUAAAAGCCCCAAAGAAGAGAAUAAGAUAAAGGGAAUAAAACUGGGGUAUCUCAGCUUGUCGGAGAAAAAUAUCAUAAGUUGAACACUGGAAUCCAUGACUGCAUGGUUCCUCUUAAAGAAGUAAAUAAAUACAGUGAAACAAACAAAAUCUACUUUAAAAUCAGUUUAUUGUCAAUAAUGUCUAAUUCUUAUUUUGAAAUUAUUCACUGCCUACUUUAAUGGAAAAACCACUUUGUGGUGAAAAAAAAAAUAGAUCAAGGACCACAACUUCAAAAAGUUAAAAGUACAUCUUUAUCAAAUAGGUUUGAUGAUCGUUAAUUUAUAAAAUAAAUUCACAACACUGUUCAUUGUCAACUUAUGAAGAUAGUCCUGCAAUCACACAGAUGAAGUGCGGUUGAAGAAUCAAGAUCUGAUGCUUGAGCAUUAAGGGACCAUUCACGAAUUUCAGGAGGGUCACGUUCUGACGGCUCCUUACAGUUCUAGGCACAAUCCUGUCACGUGCCCUCUUAGCCUCUUGUUAUACUUUUUAUCAGCUGCUUUUUGAUUUUUCGCAGAGCUGUACUCUCCCAAGGGAGCUUUUUGAUCUUAUAACUGGUUAGUGCCUCCUUGCCAUCUUCGUCAGCUUUACAACAGCUAUCCUCGCUGCUCAUUGUCUCCAUCACCAGGACCUCUUCUUCCAUUCUCAUGGUUGUCGCCCCAUUUCACCAUUUCAAAGGCAGCUGUCCUCCUUGUUAACUUCUAAAAGAAAGAAACAGAAUAAGAGUAGGUGGUGGGCCAGAACUCAUUACAAUACAAUCCAACUGAUUCCACCAUUGGAUAUGUAACAAAAGAGUAUAAUUAGAUGAGACUUAAACAAACAAUAUCCAGACUAAUCUCUCUUAUUAUUCUGUACAUCACAAAAAUUAAAUCUUAUAAUAAAUUGUUGUUUUUUGAAUGAAAAGAUAUGGUCAGUAGAUAUGUUAUUUACUGCCUUUUCAGAGAUAACAAGCCACUUAAACCAAUUAAGCAUCCAAGGUUUACAUCAGGUAACUCUAAGAAAUCAUGCAACAUGCGUGUCCUCCUUUUAUGAUCUUCAUGUUUUUCAGAAUUUUUCAGUCUUCUAGUCUCAUUUAAUGACUGAAAAUAUCUUUGUAGAGCAGCUGUUGUAAUGGUAAAGUAAGGUGUCUAGCAUUAGCACAGGCUUACAUCAGUACAGGGGACUGUAUUCUAGGAAAUGAUGUAUUGUAGGGGAACCAAUUACUCUAACUUAUAAAAUUCAGGGUGCCCAGCAAAUAAAAGUAAAACAAUUAAGAUUUUCUUCUUUGCUUAAGGACAAAGGUAAUUCAUCACUUAUAAACACUUCGGCCAACCUGUCAAUGUUUUACAAAUGAUAUGAAGCUACCACUGGAUGGUUAAAAUCUUAAUUGAUGUUAUAUUUAUAUUAUAUCAUGUGAUCUGUUCCAAAAUUAAAAUAAACAGGAGAUGGCCUAAAUUUGUCCGACUUUAAUGAUGUGUGACUAUUAUACAUAUGAAUACAGGUAAAUUUACAUUAAGCAGUCCCACUUUCAGGCUGUUUAAAUGGUCACUUCUUAAAACAAUUAGCAUACCGCUGCACUAAAUGAAAUUGUGCAUUCCUUGUAAUGAACUGUUUUAUUGUUGACUUUUUUUCUCUCUUCAUCUGGAGGAAUCGAAAACUCCUUGAGGUAAGGAUUAAUCCCUCGCUACUCUCACUCACUACUGUAUCUUUGUAGUGUUUUUGUUAAUGUCCCUUAAAGCGUUUUGAACCUGUAUUAAAUGGGUCAAACUAACCCGUCAUUUUGCCCCUUCCCAAAGGGUGACUACAGCAAUUAUAAAGGUUGGACUGUGAAUUGCCUUAUGUGAAUGACAGUGUACCUUCCAUCACGGCCCUUGUCUAUGGACACCUUUCCUCUCCUCCAUGUUGGUGUAACACUUGGGCCAUUACUCUUUGGAAGAUAGUAGCGUUGUUGUCAGAGCUUACUCUAAAAAGAUAUAUCACCAAAGCAAAGUAACUUUCUUGAUCUUUGAUACAUAUUGUCUCUUUGGCAGGUAUCAGGUACAUAUUAUUGGCAUCAAUGUUCAAUGACACUGGCAUUUUGAACUUCUGAAGGAAAUUCUUUUUAACCCUUUAACCCCUAGCAGCGACCAGCACCAAAUUUCUAAUACAGUAUCACAGACAAAUCAAACAGAAUAAACUAAAAUGAUCACCAAUGAACAGAGAACAGUGUAAAGAAUAUGCAAGUUGAUUUUUGGGGUUAAAGGGUUAAUCUACAAAAAAGGCAGGUGAAAAACUAGAGCUAAAUUGGGUUGGAAGGCAUAAUACAAUGGGUCCUAUUGUCAUUCAUGAGGUGGAGGUGUUCACUGUUGACCCUUUCAAGUUCUGUAGUGGCUUCCAAAGAAACAUCCUGAGGUACUAAUAAAUCCUCCUGUCAUUACUAUUUCAGUUGGCUUUUAUUUUAUACUACGUGUAAUUGACCUGUUCCAAAUCUGCAUAGAUUCCCUCCAGGUGUGGCCUACCAUUGAUGUAUGUGCAGUAAUUUACUUUCUCUUCAAAUUAGAACUUACUUGGUUUUUUAAGUGAAGCUAAGACCUGUUUGAAUUUGAUAGAUGUUUAUUAUACUUACUCUUCAUCAAGGUAGAAGCCGUGAAAGUCUUCCUUUUUAGAAAGGACCUUGUAUAUUUGCCUUAGUGUUCUCUAUAAAUGAAAGAAAUCACAUCCCUUUCUCAGUUUGACAAUAAUAUGCUGGUCAAAAGACAUCCCAGGUUAUGACUCUCGGGGACAGGAGCCAGAAUUUAGCAUUAAAAAUUCAGAUGUCUGCUUUGGUUUAGUUUUGAUGUCAUUUAUGUCUCACUCAAGAAACAGGUGGCUUGAAAAAAUUAACUCCUGCAAUGCAAAAAAAAAAAAUGACGUUCCACGCUUAUUGUCAGUUAUUGUCACCACCUCAUAUGCCCAUGUAAUCGUACAGUAAUUUAUUACAUGCAUACAUUUUUUGUGGCGGCCGAGGUAGAAAAUACAAAUGAAAUCUUCCUUAAUCUUGUUACACAAAUUUCUUCCUUGUGUAUUAAAACCGUGCAGGUUUUUUUCUCAAACAAAGAAAUAAGUAAAAUGAAAUAAAAGUGACCUAUUCAGCCUAAAGUGUCACGAGUGUCGUGUAUCUGACCGAACGAUAGUAAUUUAUGCAAGAUUUGCGCGCCAAAACCAUUCAAACCAAUUUUACGCCUCAUUCUGCAUGUCCACCUACUUCAGUCAUUUCAGUUUUGUAAUGUACAAUUUUCAUGAAAUUUUUUUAUAGCAAAUCGUCUUUGCGUCAUUCAAAUGCACGUUUCUUUUGAUACUUACCCUGCAUGCCACAGGAAAGGCAAUUGUAUGAGCGGCAGCCCUGCGUCUGGAGCGAUGUCUUUCGCCAGGAGCUUUCGCUCAUUUAACCUUUGCUCAAUCCUUUGCAGGACUUGUGUUUGAUUUCUUCUAGCUGCCUCGUGUUCUCACCGCAGCUUCUCAUUUUCUGCGGCGAGUUUUCGGUUACUUUGGAUUAGUUCCUCUAGUAGCAUAACACAAUCUACAGCCGAUCGACCUUCCAUAGCGAACCGAUUUCUAGCUGCACAAUAACAAUAAAAAAUUCCGAAGAUCUACAAGCUUUCUCGCUGUACAAUAACAAUUAUAAAUUCCGAGAAAAAAAAGUAUUGAUGCAAGCCGUAAGCGCUAACGAUCUAGCCUUUUAAAAGCGACAAACGAACUCUCAAAAGUAGAAGACGAAGGAGUUUAGAGGAUUUGCCCGCUAUUUUUCGAAUAUUUUUAUAUUUGGUCCCCUGUUGCGCGCGCCUCGCUCUGAUCUUUUGUCGCUGACCAGUAACACAAUGGCUCAAACUGGCGUCACUGGCGGGAGAUCGGCGGGAAAAUCACAGUUAAACGUUGUUGAAAGCGUGUGGGCUUGAAAUUCUGGAAUCAAAAGGUAAUUUUUACGUAGUUCUAUUUAUCGUCAAUGUAUAAAUAGCGAUGCAUGUUUAAUACUUCCAGAAAAAAAACCUACAGAGCGAUUUAUUUAAGCUAAUUUAAGCUGACAUCGAUUUCCUCUCAGUAUAAGCUGUACCAUCAAUAAGGUUAUUCAUAUGCAUCUGGUAAGCAGAAAACGCUCAAGCGUACACAAAAUUUACCUAGAAAAGCGAGUUGCGUUUCUCUUGUACUCACUCAUCACUUUCUCAUAUAAGGGGUAUCUUCUUGGAGAGCCUAUACUCGAAAAACAGUAAUUAUUUCACCGUCACCAAAACAAAGGCAGGUUGCCAGAGGCCACCAGGCAGGACCAGGUGCUGAUCAUGUGAGAUUUUUACUUAUGGUGCAGAAUACCAGUGACGGCUUUUAGUCAGAUCUUUGAGUUUCUGCACCCUUUCCAGUCAACACAUAUUAAGCAGCAGAUUUUGUGUUACUUGAAUAACAUGGUGCUUUCAAAUAUGAUAGUGGCCAUAGCUUUCUAGAGAUUCAACAAUUAUGAUGUGUGAUUUUAUUGCUUAUGGUGCAGAAUACGAGUGACGUCUUUUUGUCAGAUCUUUGAGUUUCUGUACACUUUCCAGUGAACACAUAUUAAGCAGCAGAUUUUGUGUUCCUUGAAUAACAUGGUGCUUUCAAUGACAAUGGCCAUAGCUUUCCAGAAAUUUAACAAUUUUGAUGUGAGAUUUUAUUGUUUAUGGUGCAGAAUGCGAGUGACAGCUUUUUGUCAGAUCUUUGAGUUUCUGCACCCUUUCCAGUGAACACAUAUUAAGCAGCAGAUUUUGUGUUCCUUGAAUGACGUGGUGCUUUCAAUGACUGUGAUGUGAGAUUUUAUUGCUUAUGGUGCAGAAUGCGAGUGACGGCUUUCAGUCAGAUCUUUGAGUUUCUGCACCCUUUCCAGUGAACACAUAUUAAGCAGCAGAUUUUGCAUUACUUGAAUAACAUCAGGUGUUUUCAAUGACAGUGGCCAUAGCUUUCUAGAGAUUCAACAAUUAUGAUGUGUGAUUUUAUUGCUUAUGGUGCAGAAUGCGAGUGACGGCUUUUUGUCAGAUCUUUGAGUUUCUGCACCCUUUUCAGUGAACACAUAUUAAGCAGCAGAUUUUGUGUUACUUGAAUGACAUGGUGCUUUCAAUGACAGUGGCUAUAGCUUUCUAGAGAUUUAACAAUUGUGAUGCGAGAUUUUAUUGCUUAUGGUGCAGAAUGCGAGUGACGGCUUUUAGUCAGAUCUUUGAGUUUCUGCACCCUUUCCAGUGAACACAUAUUAAGCAGCAGAUUUUGUGUUCCUUGAAUGACAUGGUGCUUUCAAUGACAGUGGCCAUAGCUUUCUAGAAAUUUAACAAUUAUGAUGUGAGAUUUUAUUGUUUAUGGUGCAGAAUGUGAGUGACGGCUUUUUGUCAGAUCUUUGAGUUUCUGCACCCUUUCCAGUGAACACAUAUUAUGCAGUAGAUUUUGUGUUCCUUGAAUGACAUGGUGCUUUCAAUGACUGUGAUGUCAGUUUUUAUGCUUAUGGUGCAGAAUGCGAAUGAGGGCUUUUAGUCAGAUCUUUGAGUUUCUGCAUCCUUUCCAGUGAACACGUAUUAAGCAGCAGAUUUUGUGUUACUUGAAUAACAUGGUGCUUUCAAUGACAGUCGCCAUAGCUUUCUAGAAGUUUAACAAUUAUGAUGUGAGAUUUUAUUGUUUAUGGUGCAGAAUGCGAGUGAGGGCUUUUUGUCAGAUCUUUGAGUUUCUGCACCCUUUUCAGUGAACACAUAUUAAGCAGCAGAUUUUGUGUUACUUGAAUAACAUGGUGCUUUCAAUGACAGUGGCCAUAGCUUUGUAGAGAUUCAACAAUUCUGAUGUGAGAUUUUAUUGCUUAUGGCGCAGAAUGCGAGUGAGGGCUUUUUGUCAGAUCUUUGAGUUUCUGCACCCUUUCCAGUGAACACAUAUUAAGCAGCAGAUUUUGUGUUUCUUGAAUGACAUGGUGCUUUCAGUGACUGUGAUGUGAGUUUUUAUGCUUAUGGUGCAGAAUGCGAGUGACGGCUUUUAGUCAGAUCUUUGAGUUUCUGCACCCUUUCCAGUGAACACGUAUUAAGCAGCAGAUUUUGUGUUGCUUGAAUAACAUGGUGCUUUCAAUGACAGUGGCCAUAGCUUUCUAGAAUUUUAACAAUUAUGAUGUGAGAUUUUAUUGUUUAUGGUGCAGAAUGUGAGUGACGGCUUUUUGUCAGAUCUUUGAGUUUCUGCACCCUUUUCAGUGAACACAUAUUAAGCAGCAGAUUUUGUGUUCCUUGAAUGACAUGGUGCUUUCAGUGACUGUGAUGUGAGUUUUUAUGCUUAUGGUGCAGAAUGUGAGUGACGGCUUUUAGUCAGAUCUUUGAGUUUCUGCACCCUUUCCAGUGAACACGUAUUAAGCAGCAGAUUUUGUGUUACUUGAAUAACAUGGUGCUUUCAAUGACAGUGGCCAUAGCUUUCUAGAAUUUUAACAAUUAUGAUGUGAGAUUUUAUUGUUUAUGGUGCAGAAUGUGAGUGACGGCUUUUUGUCAGAUCUUUGAGUUUCUGCACCCUUUUCAGUGAACACAUAUUAAGCAGCAGAUUUUGUGUUCCUUGAAUGACAUGGUGCUUUCAGUGACUGUGAUGUGAGUUUUUAUGCUUAUGGUGCAAAAUGCGAGUGACGGCUUUUAGUCAGAUCUUUGAGUUUCUGCACCCUUUCCAGUGAACACGUAUUAAACAGCAGAUUUUGUGUUACUUGAAUAACAUGGUGCUUUCAAUGACAGUGGCCAUAGCUUUCUAGAAUUUUAACAAUUAUUAUGUGAGAUUUUAUUGUUUAUGGUGCAGAAUGCGAGUGACGGCUUUUUGUCAGAUCUUUGAGUUUCUGCACCCUUUUCAGUGAACACAUAUUAAGCAGCAGAUUUUGUGUUACUUGAAUAACAUGGUGCUUUCAAUGACAGUGGCCAUAGCUUUCUAGGGAUUCAACAAUUCUGAUGUGAGAUUUUAUUGUUUAUGGUGCAGAAUGCGAGUGACAGCUUUUUCUCAGAUCUUUGAGUUUCUGCACCUUUUCCAGUCAACACAUAUUAAGCAGCAAAUUUUGUAUCACUUGAAUGACUAAUUGCACACAAAAUUAAUGGUGCUUUCAAUGACAGUAGCCGUAGCUUUCUAGAGUUUUGACCAUUAUGAUGUGAGGUUUUAUUUUUUCUUUGACACAGGGUUAUGCAGCAGGCGAUGGAGUGUCCACCGAUAUCAGGCGAAAAGACUUUUUUCAGUUUUCUUUCAGGAAUUCACAGUUACUGCUUUGGUACUGAGAUGAACUUUCAGCGACAUUGUGUGUGACAAAAGAGAAUAAAAAAAGCAAUUCAUGAUAACACCAGUUAAACUUUUUGUUAGUAGUAUUAUUCAUUAGUUUCAAACGAUGCUAAUAAUUAUAUGUAUGUAAAAGAAGAAAUCAUCUUGCCACUUUUUACUCAGCUAUACUGUAAAGCGUCAAAUGAAAGGCCUGGGUGUGUUCUGGAUUUUUCUUAUGAGCUUUGCAACAAUUGUUACUACAGUUGAACAUUCCUGUUGAUGGGAGCCAUCACAACUUGUUUUUGUCCCUCUACAUCCACUUCAGCUGAGGCGAAUCUUGAAAAUAUCCUUUGGACUGGCAUAAACGCCGAGGGUCCUCCUGGAUAGAAUUUGUUUUUUAGACGCUGAUUGGGUUGCCAUAUAGAGUAGUCAGGUUUCCUCACGCGAGCGAGCGAGUGCACGUGGUUUGUCUUGACCCAAAAGGUCAACUUAAUGUCACUUGAAAUUAUUAAGUUUCAAGAAUCACAAAGAUGUUUUGUUAAGCUUUAAUUAAGUAAUUAAAGACUCUGAAAUACAAGCGUUCUUUCUGCGUUACUUUUACGAAUGUUUAAGUUCAAAUUAAAGAUGAGUAAAGAUCUAAGAUCAUUUAAAUUUGCUUUAAUUUGAAAUUAAAGGUGCUACAUUUUAAUAGCUAAUUUUGGAAUAAAUUAAAGACAAUUAAAACGAGACCUAAAGGUUAUUAGUCUUUAAUGUAACCAAAAGGUCAAUUAAAGGUAAACUAAAGGGACAGAAAACCUUUCGGAAAUUUAAUGUCACAAUUAAAGGUAAUUAAAGAUGGAACAGAACUUUUGGUGAGCUUUAAUUUUUCACUAAAGACACCAAAAUGAAGGCGUUCUUCCUGUGCACUACCUUGCCAACUUAACCCUCAGACGUACACGCAAAAUCAUACCCCCCACCAUGGUACAAGAGGAUGGUAGAUGGAACCCCUCCCCAGAGUUUUUGAUAUGUUGCAGUAUUUUGAAGCGAUUUUGCCUUCACUGAAAAGCCUUUGAUCUUCUUAACAAGAUGAAGUAUAUUUUAUGAAUGGUGGCACUGCUGGAGGCCUGUUAAGUCACCAACGAUGGUCGCCAUCUUUGCCGCCAUCUUGGAUAUUACAAAGAAUUACAAAACAGGUUAAAACAAAGAGAAAUGUUUUUUGCUUGACAUGAGUAAUAACACAUAAAUAAGCACUUUGCAUGAUUUUAGCUACAACAUUUUUCUUUUAUUGUUGAAAAAAGUUGAAAAAAACACAUAUUUUCACUCAAAAUGGCUUGACAACCUGCUACUUCUUACGUCAUACCUCGUAACCAUAGAAACUGAUCAUCACUGAACUUUUCUCAAAAUGCGUGCGAGGGAUAAACGAACAUCUACUAAAAACCUCAGGUGCUGAUGUUUUAUCCUCUUGGAAAAAUCCCAGAAAACCUAAAGGGGGUGGCAUCCACCCCCCACCCCUUGUAUGUCCGAGGGUUAAAGUGUUAUUUCUUUGAGGAAGGAAACUUAUGGCAAAGGAUAGAUGUGCAGCCCGUCACCCCUUGCAGUUUUCCACUAAGCUGAUAAUUUAAGUAUCCAAAAGGCUGGUGUCCAUUAAUUAAGUAAUUACUUUUUACUGUGCCGUGUAAUCGACAGGGAAACCAAGUUCGCAUUUACAGUAAAAGGUUUGGUGAUCUUAUCAGUACGCAUGAUAUUCAUUUGGCAAACAAUGGUGAAAUAAACGACCACAGGAGCCGAUCGGCUCCUGACGAUCAUGUUGCAUAAACAAACAAGAGUUAAUGAAGUUUAAGUGGCAAUCAAAUGAUGCAUUCUUACAAGUUUUACUCUUUCCCUUGGUAUCAAAGUCUUGAAACUUGGUGAAAUACAUAAAAAAUAUUAAUAAUUAACAAGCGUUUUUACUUAUUAACUGAGAUUUUCGGACAACCAACAAAACUCAAGAAGUUUAACCGACUACCGACAAAGAUCGAAAAUUCUAACCGACUACCGACAAAGUAACUGAAUUUUAACCGACAACCGACAAAUGGACCCCCCCAUUCAGACCCUCUUGAUGGGAUCAUUUUGAGCAGAGGAACGCCCAGAAACAUCCAUAGUAUAAAACUAAAACUCGUUUCUGUUUUUAAACAUUACACACUAGUUGCGAGCGAGAUACAACUAUGGAGUACACGUUUAAUCCAUCAGGGAGUUCUCAGCAGUUUAAAAUUAGAACGUUCAGGUUCUUCAACGACUAUAACGUUGUUUACUUCCACUGCGAGUUGUUGGCUUGUUACAGAUACACUUCUAAUUCCAGGUAUGUCUAUAGUAAACCCUCCCUGUUACACCGAGGGAGCAAUACUUAAUCUGCGCACACCGAAUUGAAUGAUAUUCUUAUUCCAUUCUUACUCUUUAUUGCAAUGCAAUUAAAUUGCAAUGUCACCUGAAAUGUUCUUGCUGUAUUCAGCAUAUCUUAAAGCUCAUAAGCAUGGUACCCAGGAAACUACAUUUGCAAGACCCUUAAUACCUACAAGUAAAAUGGUAAUCGAAAUCACGCUUGGAAAUUUUGACCUAAAAUUCGGCCAACUUUUCACGGCCGCGCGGAGGAUUGGGUCCAUGUGAAUAAAAAAAAAAAGAUGGCGGCUCAAAGGGAACCUAACCAAGUGGAAAUAUUAGUGGCAUUAAAGGAGCAUUAAAUCGCCAGAAGUCGAAUUUUUCCCGGCGGAUUUCAAAUUUACAUAAGCUGAGAGAUCUAGAUCAAAUAUUUCAAGCGCUAGGGAAAGUGGCUGAGGCUGUUGUGAAUUGAAAAUACGGUCCCCUUCGGGAUCGAUAUCAGCAUGAAAUUUGUCCCAUAUCUUCCACGUUGGAGCGCACAAUGAUACGUGCUAAGAAAGGAAUUUAUCGCCGACUUAACCCGCGGAUGAGUAAAAUCCAUCCUUGGAUGAUUUGUUUUGACGUCCCGAUGCCACAGGAAGUGUUCAAUUGAAUUUAUUGAAUAAAGGGGUUGUAAAUCUUACACGUUUUGGUGUAGAUGUUUUGGAGCAGCCUUAUUCAGUCACAAUAACAUUCUCAAGUAUGAGAAGACUGUGUGCCCUAUUUAAUAAAUUUGAGGACUGCCAAGGAUUCACAAAGAAGCUAGGAGUUGGAAAAGGGGAAGUGAAACUCAUUGUUGAUGAAAGGAAGAAUGGAAUUAUGAAAUAUAAAUAUAAAGAAGAAAUGUUGGAAUUGAAAUUACAUUAUGGCCAUUGGAAUGCUUUUGGUAUCCUUCAUCAUUGAAGAGGGAACAGUGUUUUCUAUAAAGUUACUAAUGAGUUGAGGUAGCAAUAUAUAUAUAUAUAUAUAUAUAUAUAUAUAUAUAUAUAUAUAUAUAUAUAUAUAUAUUUAUUAAAAACUGAAUCAUUGCAUAAUGCAAUUCUAGCAUUUUGAUUGGCUUAGCCGUUAUGGUAUAUGAGCUAAUAUACCAUGUUCUCCAUAUAUGGUCGGUGUACGCGUCAGUUUAAAAUUGGAAGCUAGCUGAGAUUUUUUUUCGCGAAGGAUAGAACGGCGCCCGAAGCAAAUCGUUUUAAUUCAUUUCUUAGAAUACUAGAAAUGCAAUUUCAGCGCAAGAAAAAAGACAAAAACAAACAAAAAAGCCACAAGAGCUUGUCUGAAAGUUUGUCGAAAAACACAUGAAAACACAUGGAACUAAAGUACCUUGACCAGCUACGAAAGAAGACAAGUGUUGUUUCUUCAUGAUCGCGAAGCCAUUCUUCGCCGAUCAAGUCACUCGCCGAUAGAUAACUGCAGCUUGUUUAUCCGACAUCAAGAAUAUAAAUCACAAGUAACCAGCUACAAAUACAGGCUAUGCAGCCAUUCACUAGAGCAAUCGAGGCGGCAGUAUAGCUUCUUUUCUCGUUCAGCAAAACCAGCUUGUGGCUUCAAACAACUUCACAACAAGCGACCGAGGUAAUACCGGUAGUUUUUCUCCGUUGUUCUUACUUUUAUAACUGCAUCGAAAAUCCAAAUUCAUAGUAAUUUCGACGGCUGUCACUUAAAAAUUCCUUUCCUUCACAUUAUCUGCCAGGUUUUUUAAGCUGUUCUGCUGUGUAAAAUCCUAGAAUCACGAUGAGUUUUUAAAAAACUAAUGUUCAUCGCUACAAUGUUUUGAUUUUUCAUUCAUGCAGUCUAGGCGAGUCCGUUCGCGCGUUGACAGUUUUGAUAGACGUGUGACAUGUCAAUAGCGGAAGUCCCUUGUCUUUUCCGGUUUGUUUUAGUCGGGGCAAUUCAACGAGAUUUUGUGGGCGUUUUUAAUAAAACAAUUAUUCCACUCGGGCUUGUUGGAUAUGAAAUGAUUAUAGCCAACUCGGCACUAUGCGCCUCGUUGGCUAUCUAUCAUCUCAUAUCCAACGCGCCCUCGUGGAAUAAUUGUUAAUAUAUAUAUAUAUAUAUAUAUAUAUAUAUAUAUAUAUAUAUAUAUAUAUAUAUAUAUAUAUAUAUAUAUAUAUAUAUAUAUAUAUAUAUAUAUAUAUAUAUAUAUAUAUAUAUAUAUAUAUAUAUAUAUAUAUAUAUAUAUGUUGUAGUUAGUUUUUUUAUCUCAAGUAAUUUUUAUUUUUCCUUUAUUUCAUCUUUAUUACCAUACCUAAAAACCCUGAGUCGAAUACCAAUGAAGACAAUUGGCAGAAGUCGCAUUAGCAACUUGGGAUCAUUUGAGUCACCCUGAAUUGCUUUCACUAGAUACAUAAAGCCAUGCAAGAUUAGGCGGGAAUCUUUACCAGUUAACCUGUAAGUGAAGUCUUUAUCUUUAGCUCUAUCCUCAAGGAGCCACCUAUCUAGUUGUUUUUUCAUUCUCCCUGCUUUAACAUCUUGUUCCAUGGCCUUUAAAUAUCUGGACAUUGCCGAAUUGGAGGGCAAAUCAUCAAGACUAUUUAAUUUUGGGUGGAGGUUACUUACAGAAAUAGCAAGAUCAAGUAACAUUGCAUGAAAAUGUUGGACACCGUUAUUCUUAAGGUGAAGUGGUUCAGCAACUUCCUUGUCACAUAGCUUACCAAUUAAUGGUUUGAAUUCUUGUCUGGAUUUUUUUACAGCAAUAAAUUGAGUUACUUUGGAUCUCUUUGUUGAUACUGCUAAAUGACUAGGUAUUUUUUUCUUGAAAUCUUCAACCUGUUUUGCAACUUUGAUUCUUUCUGCAUACUGCCAAGGCUUCCACUUACAAUCAUGAGAUUCUCCAUACUUCCCAUUCAGUGCAUUACAGUCAUCUUUGGAGACAUUAGCAAAGCUAGAAAAAUGUUUAGCUGCAUUACUUAAUUCCCCAUUUAUAUAUGCAAGGAAUUUCAUAUCUCCUGGCAGGAGAUCAAAAGAAAAGGUGACAUUCUUACCCAAUACUGUGUAAGAUUUGCUCUCUAUUUUUUCCAUGUCUGUAGCAAGUUUCACUGUAAAACGAGAAACGACCAUGUGGUCCUCCUUACAAUUAGCUCCAAAUAACAAAAAAUUGUCAUUGGGACUAGCUACCCUGGGCCCCACAUUCAAAAAACUUAUCAGCCAUGACAUAGAUUUAUCCCAUUUCCCAAAAGGAGCCCCAUCACCCCCUAUGGCAAUUUUAAAUUCUCCCUCCCUCUCACUGAACCACACCAGUUUAUCCCCAGGUUUCCUGUACUGAUCAGUCUCAAAAUAGAACUUGGCCAGCAGAAGUAGAAAGUUCUCCAGGUUUCUAUAGACCCCAUCAACCUGCUGAUCAGGUGGAAGGUCAUGGCAUAGGGUUUCCCUUAUUGAAUAAAAUUCCCCCACAUCAAUUUUUUUGAUUAACAACCCAUAGGGAAGGAGUUUAGGAAUUGGGAUACCCAUACCAAACAAAACUCUUUCUUUUGACACAGAACCUAGUUUCUUGGUGUGUUUCUUAGUAAAUUUCAUAACAAGAGCUGAUCUUGUUUGCUCAUAUUUUACCUUUCCCAUCAAUCCUCCUGCAUAAAGCAUAGAAAGUGAACGAAUGACAUUAUGAUCACUUUGCUCAUACUGCUUAACCUGAGGUUUUAUUACUGCUAGACUAGCUUUUCUCAUCUUUUUUGAUGAAGAAAAGUAUUUAGAUAGAGCUGCUGUCUUCGCAUAUUUAGUCAGCGUAGAAAACAUGCCAUCCAAGGCUGGGGACCUGUCUUCAACAGAUCCACCAUUUACCGCUGUUGCUGCAACCAACGUUUCAAGUUGUCUUCUGCUGGCACUUCGCUGCGGCACGUUUAGCUUUCCCUCAUCAGUGAGCACAGUUGGACUUUUUUUUCUUAGAGUGGAUGUGUUAGCUGUCACUUCAAAAACUAACCUUCUUUUAGUCUUGACAGCGGGAAGAUCAACUUUUACCAAAUCAACAUUUUCUUUUAUGCGAGUUUUCUGCAAGUUCAAGAACGUAAGUUAACCCUUUAAGCCCUAUGAAUGAUCAGCAUCAAAUUUCUCCUUGUGAUAUAAAUACUUUGUUAAACAGAGUGGUCAUGAGAAUUGCGGACAUGAUCACACAAGAUGAAUUUGCUUGAUAUUUUAUCAACUUCUUCCCACUACUUCUGUACGAAAGGAAUGUAGCGAAUUUAACUUAGAGAACAUUUACUCUGGAGUAAAUUUUAGCGGAUCGAUGGAAAAAUCGCAAAAAUAAGAACCCGCAAAAUGUUCGUGCCACACGGUAGUCCUCUCCUUUUACUAAAAAAAACUUUUUCAAGCUAAACUUACCUUAUUCUUGAGUAGCUGAAGCCUUUUUUUUAAGGUACAAAUUCCUUUGAUUUCAAAAGGUACUCCGCUCGAAGCGUAGCCCUCUGCUUACUGAGCUCCCCAACAGGAAAAUUUGACUUGCAUUUCUUCGAUGUAGUGCUCUUUCUUCGUGACUUGCUCCCUAUGUAAACCGCUCAGCGAACCAUAUAAACGCAAAAAUCUCUAAGAACCAGAGGCAUCCGGUAAAAAACCAAAACGAGGAAAACACAGCCGAGGUUUCAGGUCUUCUGUUUACGAUAUCAUACCUGGCAAUAAUACGUUUCCCAGCGAGAAAAUUUUCGACAAAAAUACUCAAUUUUUCUUGAAGGACUGCGAACUCAGUGUGCAUGAAACAGAGAGUAAAAGUACAAGGAAAAAUUUUGCAGAAGAAAGAUGUAAACGCAUGCAAAUCGCAUAUCAACAGAAAGCUUAAAGCCUGUAGAAAUUUGUUUUUGAGUGGGAAAAACUCCCCUAGUACCCAUUCCUCCGCAAAUGGCCAAAUUCUGACCAGGACUCUUGAGCAAAAAUGGCUGCCAAAUGACCGCGCUAUAGAACUGCUAAUUAGGGACUGGAAACUGGGGACACUAAACUUGGCCAAAAUUGGCACAAAAAUUUCCAAGCGUGAAAUAACAUAUUAGGUUGAAAAGACUGGGGAUCUCCACUCUUUAUCAUAGUUUUACGACGGUUGCUUCAGUCCUAUGUCUUGCCGCAAGUGAGAUUUGCACCAUAUCUGAAAUGCUAACGGCUCUGGUGAUCUAAAAUCUGGAUACUGUCCAUUUAACAAUUACUCCACGAGUGCGCCUUAGACAUGAGAUGGUAGAUGGCCAACAAGCGCGAGUAGAACAAUUGUUCUGUUUAUUAAAACAUCCUCAAAAUAUCGAGAAUUCCUACCUACAUUAUUUGUAAAACCCACCGAUUUUCAGCUUGUUUUUACUUUUGAGCAGACGCGUUAAGUUACCAUAUUUGGAGAGCAUGGUAUAAUGGCUCGUAUACAGCUAUUUCUAGAAAGGUUGUCGCAAAAACUGUGCACGCGACAAUCCCGAAAGGUAAUAUGGGAUAUGAUCAAUACACUUGUUCCUGACACUGUAGCUGUCGAACCUUCUUUUGUUGCUUUCCUUUAACACUCGCAAACAUACGUCCAUGGCCUCUCUUGCCAUUUUUUUUGAAAUUUGUUUGAAAAACAGUGAACUGAAAACCGCCCACAAUCUCGGGAUUGUCGCGUGCACUUUUUCCGACAACCGUUCUCGAACUAGCUGUAUACCAUGAUGGCCAAGCCAAUCGGAGCUCUAGAAUUGCAUUAUCCAAUGAUUCAGUUUGUAAUAAUUUGCAUUAUCCCCGGCCCAGUAUCCUAUUAUCCCAAGAAAAAAACCAUCUUACGAAUAAAAAAAAUCGAAUUUUGGGGGUGAAUGGGCUAAACUCCAAACUAAAGCAUAGAAUAGCUCAAACGUCGAUUUUAUUCGGAAGACUCCAGGAAAUCCUGGAGAGUUGGCACAAUAUGCAAUAUGAAAGCGGUUGAACAAAAGCAAAGUAAGACACUUUGUAAGCCAAAGGUUUUGUUUACAGAUGCAGCCGGGGUUGUUUAAGUAGCAAAAGGAGAAAGAAACGAGACGCAGUUGAGGAGGAGAGUACAAGCAGACAUAUUCUCUCCAGCGGCCCAAUUAUCAUCAAGACUAAGAAGGAGACGAAGAUAGAAAAACGUGACGCAGGAGGUAGGCCGCACAGACAACUGAGGGCGUGUUCGAUGGACCGUAUCCCGGACUAAGAAUGAAUGGAAUAGACUCUAGAAAUCACUUGUUUUGGCUUUCAUUGCAUUCUUAAUUAAAUAGGCUUUGAUAGAUUGUGCUCGCAAAAGUAACUGUGCUCGUAUAUUUUUAAAAUUAUGCCAAUAAUUAUGCUAGUUUUUGUGAAUUAUGCACCUUUUUGCAAAGUAUGCCGAAGUUAUGCUUCUUUUUUUUUUUACUUUUAAUUUGCUAAAAAUACUCUAAUAACUAUGCAACAAACAAGUAAAUGGUAAACACAUUUACUUUAUUUACAUCCAGAAACAUUAUGAGUUGCAUAACUCAUUCUCUGAAAACUAUUAAAACUCCCAAAUCAGUCCUAGAGGAGUUAAACACUUUUCUGUUUUGUCGCAAGAAUUUGCACAAUUGCUGGCCACUUUAGUGAAUACAUGCACACUCCAUAUCCGUCUGUCACUUAUAAUAGCUUUCCCUUCUCUUUCUUAUUACCUUUAGCCUUGUCUAACUAUGGAGGUUUAUUUUUUUCCUUUGUGAUAGAUACUGGGAAAAGCCAACAAACUGCUUUGACUGGUGGUGCAGCGGCCGUGGGGGGACUGGCCCUGAUUGCUAUCAUAGCCUUGGCUGUUUUAGCUGUUAAAUACCGCCUUGCCCGAAGAUUCAUGUACAGGAACAAGGUCGGAGCCUUGUACACUACCCAAGAUGAACAGAUGAGUCGAAGAAAUGCCUUCAUCCAAGAGGACGACAUGAUCGAAAAGGAAGACUCCUUUUAAAUUCAAUCCUUACGUUGAACACUUAUCUCGUAGCCAGGGUUAUUAGUUGAGCACGCAUGCGCACUUAUAACUUUUACAAGGCUUUGAAGUGUCUUCUUUAACAAUAAGUGCUGUAAUAGUCGAUGUAACUGAUUUCUUUGAUUGUUUCCACGUAAUAUGGGAAACCCCAGCGCAUAUGCACGCUAGUUUCCUUAGUACAUCAACCUAAUUAUACCUUCUUCCUGAAUACGACCAAGAAAGGGAGCAGAGCUAAGUGUCCUCAAAUUACGCCGACACAUCCUAAUAAGAGAGACAGAAGUUUUAAGAAGGCCACUAGAUUUAGUAUGUAGACAUAUACACACGAAGUGAUCUCAACAGAAUUAGAAAGGAAACCAUUGAAAAAACGAUCAGUUUGAUUGAUGAGUUAAUUCAUGCAAGGAAGUAGCCGUGAACAGUAGAUGCGCAAACGUGAGAUCUUUACAGUAUUUUCAAACAUGGCAAAUCAUAGCCUAUAAUUAAAACGGUUUUAAUCUGUAAGCUUUAGCAUCAAUGGUUUAAAAGAACACGUCC